AUGACAGUAGAAGAGGCAGGAGAUGAUUAUACAAAGGAUGGAACUGUUGAUCUUCGAGGCAAUCCUGUACGAAGAUCCCAACGAGGUCGUUGGAAAGCUUGCUCCUUCGUCGUUGUGUACGAGGCAUUUGAGAGGAUGGCUUAUUACGGGAUAUCGAGCAACCUAGUGAUUUACAUGACAACCAAAUUGCAUCAAGGCACGGUCAAGUCUUCAAAUAAUGUGACCAAUUGGGUUGGGACUAUCUUCCUCACUCCCAUCUUAGGUGCUUAUGUCGCUGACGCUCAUCUCGGGCGCUACUUGACUUUUGUCAUCUCUUCUGCUAUCUAUUUUUUGGGGAUGUUGAUGCUAACGUUAUCAGUAUCUAUACCGGGAAUCAAACCACCUGAAUGUUCCACAACUAAUGUUGAAGACUGCGAAAAGACUUCUGUUCUACAAUUAGCAGUUUUCUAUGGAGCGUUAUACACAUUAGCAAUCGGUACAGGAGGCACAAAGCCGAACAUAUCAACAAUAGGAGCCGAUCAAUUUGACGCAUACGACCCAAAGGAGAAGACUCAAAAGAUAUCAUUCUUCAAUUGGUGGAUGUUUAGUAUCUUCUUUGGUACUUUAUUCGCUAAUACCAUUCUUGUUUAUGUUCAAGAUAAUGUGGGUUGGUCAUGGGGUUAUGGACUUCCAACUUUGGGUCUUGCUAUUUCUAUUCUUGUGUUUUUGUUUGGCACUCCGUUUUAUCGCCAUAAGCUUCCCUCGGGAAGCCCUUUCAUGAAGAUGGCUCGAGUCAUUGUGGCUUCAUUUCGCAAAGCCAAAGCACCAAUGGUGCGUGACCUCGCACGCUUCCACGAGCUGCCUUCAUUGGAAUAUAAGCAGAAAGGGUCCUUUCCGAUCCUUCCCACACCAAGUCUAAGGUAA